ACAGAAACAUGACAAAAUCACUCUUAAAUUACAUUAUUUUCUAUUUUUGUUUCAUAGAAUCGCUCAUCACAAGCCAACAAAUACUAAAGUCUAACAUGAAGAAGAAAUUCCAGCAUGUGUUUGAAGGAAUCACUAAAUCAGGAAAUCAAACCUUUCUAAAUCAGAUCUACACAGAGCUCUACAUCACAGAGGGAGGAUCUGGAGAGGUCAAUAAUGAACAUGAGGUCAGACAGAUUGAAUCACUGUCCUGGAAACCAGACAGACCAGAAACAACAAUUAGACAUGGAGACAUAUUUAAAUCUUCACCUGGAAGAGAUGAACCAAUCAGAACGGUGAUGACUAAGGGAGUGGCUGGCAUUGGGAAAACAGUCCUGACUCAGAAGUUCACUCUGGACUGGGCAGAAGACCAAACCAACCAGGACAUCCAGUUCAUGUUUCCAUUCACGUUCAGAGAACUGAAUCUGUUAAAAGAACAGUUCAGCUUAGUGGAGCUUGUUCACCACUUUUUUAGUGAAACUAAAGGAAUCUCCAGGUUUGAAGAGUUAAAGGUUGUGUUCAUCUUUGAUGGCUUGGAUGAGAGUCGACUUCCACUGGACUUCCACAACAAUGAGAUCCUGACAGAUGUAACAAAGUCCACCUCAGUGGAUGUUCUUCUGACAAACCUCAUCAGAGGGAACCUGCUUCCCAAAGCUCACCUCUGGAUAACCACAAGACCUGCAGCAGCCAAUCGGAUCCCUGCUGAGUUUGUUGCCAUGAUGACAGAGAUCAGAGGAUUCACUGACCCACAGAAAGACGAGUACUUCACUAAAAGGUUUAGAUAUAAGAAGCAGGCCAGAAUGGUAAUCUCCCACAUAAAGAAAUCCAGAAGCCUCCACAUCAUGUGCCACAUCCCAAUCUUCUGCUGGAUCACUGCUACAGUUGUGGAAGACAUGUUGAAAAAGAAAGAUGGAGAAGAUCUGCCAAAGACCCUGACUGAGAUGUACAUCCACUUCCUGGUGGUUCAGACCAAACUGAAGGUCAUCAAGUACGAUGGAGGAGCUGAGACAGAUUCACACUGGAGUCCAGAGAGCCAGAAGAUGAUUGAGUCUCUGGGAAAACUGGCUUAUGAGCAGCUGAUGAAAAGAAACCUGAUCUUCUAUGAAUCAGACCUGGCAGAGUGUGGCAUCGAUAUCAGAGCAGCUUCAGUGUGUUCAGGAGUUUUCACACAGAUCUUCAGAGAAGAGAGAGGGCUGUACCAGAACAAGGUGUUCUGCUUCGUCCACCUGAGUGUUCAGGAGUUUCUGGCUGCUCUUCAUGUUCACCUGACCUUCAUCAAAUCUGGAGUCAAUCUGCUGGCAAGAGGUGAAACAAAAUCCAAGGACUUCGAAACAAGAAGCCAUGGAUCCUCAGAAACAGAGAUGUACCAGAGUGCUGUGGACAUGGCCCUGGAGAGUCCAGAUGGACACCUGGACUUGUUUCUCCGCUUUCUACUUGGUCUUUCACUGGAGACUAAUAAUCGUUGGCUAGGAGGCCUUAUGACACACAGAGAGAAAAGCUUAGCAACUAAUAAGGUCACAACCCAGUACGUUAAGGACAAGAUUAAUGACCAAAAAUGUGUUGAGAAAAGCAUCAAUCUGUUCCAUUGUCUAAGUGAACUAAAUGAUCAGUCCUUGGUGGAGGAAAUCCAACAAUCUCUAAGUACAGGAAGUCUUUCAGCCCACCAGCUGUCUCCUGCUCAGUGGUCAGCUCUGCAGUUCAUCCUACUUUCAACGGACAAAGGUCUGGAAAUAUUUGACCUGAAGAAAUAUUCUGCUUCAGAAGAUGCUCUUCAGAGACUGCUGCCAAUUGCUGAAGCCAUGAACAAAGUUAUACUGAGUGGGUGUAACCUCUCAGAGAGAAGCUGUGAAGCUCUGUCCUCGUUGCUCAGCUCAACAACAUCUAGUCUCAGAGAUCUGGACCUGAGUAACAACGACCUGACAGAUUCAGGAGUGAAGCUGCUGUGCAGUGGACUGAUGAGUCCAGACUGUGAACUGGAGAUUCUCAGACUUUCAGGCUGCCUGAUUACAGAUGAAGGCUGUGCUGCUCUGGCUUCAGCUCUGACUAUGAACCCGUCUCACCUGAAGGAGCUGGACCUCAGCUACAAUAAUCCAGGAGAGGCAGAAAAGGAGAGUCUAACAGCUAUACUGAAGAAUCCAAGCUUCAAACUGGUCUCUCUCUGCAUGGAGCCUGCUGGAGAAACUUGGUUGAUACCAGGUCUCAGGAAGUAUUCCUGUCCACUAACAGUCGACCUAAACACUGUAAACAGAUUCCUCAAACUUUCUGAUAAAAAUAAGAAGGUGACGCGUGUGGAAGAGGAGCAGCUGUAUCCUGAUCAUCCAGACAGAUUUGAUUCCUAUCAGUUGCUGUGCACUGAUGGUCUGACUGGUCGCUGUUACUGGGAGGUUGAGUGGAGUGGGAGGGUCUACAUAUCAGUGAGUUACAGUGGAAUCAAAAGAAAGGGAGACAAUGAUGACUCCUGGUUUGGCUAUAAUGAUAACUCCUCGAGUCUAAUCUGCUCAGAUGAUGGUUACACCAUUUGGCUCAAUAGUGAAAAGAAAGCCUUCAUCCCUGUUCCCUCCUUCUCCUCGUCCUCCUUUGUCUCUGGCAGAGUUGCUGUGUAUGUGGACUGUCCUGCUGGGACUCUGUCCUUCUACAGAGUCUCCUCAGACACACUGAUCCACCUCUACACCUUCAACACCAAAUUCACUGAACCUCUUUAUCCUGGAUUUGGGUUUGAGUACAGGACAGGUUCCUGGAUGUCUUUGUGUUCACCUUAAGCCCCCAUACUUUAGUGAUUGUCAUUGUUCAUCUGGACUAAACUGUCACAAUAAAUGUAACAUAUUUUUCCAGACUUUUACUCAUUCCAGAGGAGAAAUCACAUCAAUCAAAAACUCAUGUCACACAGAAGUAGAGUUUAGAUCAGGUCUGAAAAAUCCAACCUGACCCGGCCUGAGCCUGUGUACAGUGUGUCCGAGCCCGACCCAAAUAACUUUGUUGGUCCAAAUUAAACCCAAUAUAUCAUUUUAAUUAAGAUUUUACUGUUUCAUUUUUAGACCAUAGUUUGAGUAUAGCAGUGUAAAUUCAGCUGCUUUUAGCUUUUGCUUAAGAUCUUUCAGCUCCAUCUUGUUGCUUGUUGUAACCACAGGAUGAGUCAAGUGCAAAUGAUCUGGGAUGUGUGACUGAUAGAAGUAGAGCAGAAAUGGGCUACAUGUGCAUUAGUGCACUGGGCUUUUACACUCCAAUUAACUUCUUCCUUUUUCUUUCUGUCCUCAACAAAAUAAACUACCUCUUCCCCUAUUAAGACUAUGAUAAGCUGAUCAGCACAACUUUAUAGCCUGCAUUCUCAUUUGGUUUUCUCUGGGCUGUAUGAAUUGCGUAAAUGCACCACAGAAACCUGAGCCGACCAUCAAGCAAAUCAUUUUGGCCCGAACUGUCCCACAUUUUGGGUCAGGUUCCAGUUGAGCUUGGGCCUUAAAUCUAAAGUCAACACUGAACUAAAAGACUAUUUAGAAACUGUCAAACAUGAGUGGGACCUUGUCCAAGUUUAUUUGAUCCUACAUGUUGAGUUCAGUUGCCUGUUUUUCAACAAACUCAUGGAAACUAUUGAGUUUGGCUUGAAAGUCAGAGCACCGAUGUCUGUGUUCUGACAGAGAGGCGGUUGCAUUGCAUGAAGCGGAAACGGCAAUAAGGCCCACCUGUAAAGUAAUUUAUAUUCAUUUCUUUGGCAGCUACCAGGGUGUGGCGAUGUAGGGCCACCAUUGACAAGCCUCUUCCAUCAACACGUUCUUCAAAAACCCAUCUGUGGACUCGUUUCUCAGGCUUUGGCCGUCUUGCUUUCACUCCGGAUGAUCUUUUUCACAUAUGGUGAUGUUAACUCCUCAAUUCAUGUCCAUCAAUAUAACAUUUAACACAUGAAUCAAAAAUGCAUCAUGAAGAGGGAGAAAGUUGCACCUGAUUAUAAGUCAUAGGACCACCAAACUAUGAAAAAAAGUGUGAUAGUCUGGAAAAUAUGGUAAAAAGGAAAAAGAACUUUGAUCUUUAAUCUAAAAAACAAAAACUGAUCAAUCAUUCAAUAAAUUGGCAGCUGUUAAAAAUAAGCCAGUCUUUUCUUCCUGUUCAUCCAUCCAUCCAUCCAUUUUCUAUACACCCUUGUCCCUUAGUGGGGUCGGGUUGCUGGUGCCUAUCUCCAGCGAACGUUUUGGGCGAGAGGCGGAGAACACUCUGGACAGGUCGCCGGUCUGUCACAGCUUCCUGUUAAUACAACAAAACAAAUCAGCUCUCACCUCGAACCCCAUUGAAUCAAAAAGCACAACAUAUAGAUGUUACCCAAAUAUAAUAACUUAACAAAAAUCUAAAGCAUACAGUUUGGUGUAGGGUUUGGUGCAUUGUGCAUAUCAUUCCCACUUGGUGGAUCCAUAUCAUCACUGUUGGCUGAGUAGUGAGUACAGACUAUGAGCCUCUUUUGCUCCAAGGGACAAACACCCUAUUUGCAUCAGGGCCUACAUAAAACUGACGUGUUGGGUUGUGACAAAUUUGAAAAUAAUAUUUGUAACAUGAUAGUUGGUUUAGUUCUACUAAUAUUUUUUCUUCCUUCUUUGCCAUUCUUUUUAUUUUUUGUUGGCUGUAGUGGCCUUUAUUUGAAAGUAGUUCGACAGAAAACAGGGUUAUCAGAAAGGGGGAAAACAUGCGGCAAAUGUCACCAGGCUGGGAAUCAAACCUGCAACCACCGCCAUAAGGACUAAGGCCUCAGUACGUGGGUUGUGCCAAGCCCCUGCGCCACCACAGCACCCUGUUUGCCAUCCUUUUACAGUGACACUACCACUGGUAGAACAUCUGCUCUCAGAUGUUUCGGCAUGAUUCGUGGAUUCUCACUUGCAUAAUAGGAUUUUUUUCUUGCCUCCACCACCAUGGAGGAGACAUCACUGCCAAUAUGUUUAUUAUUUGAACAACUAAUGAAUUACAGUAGUUUUAUCACGGCAAAGGCUGUCCAUCAUGUACAGAAUCUGUUACUAAUCCCUCUCAGGCAUUGGGGAUUAAAAACACUGAAGUGUUUAAGGAGUUGCACAGUGACUUGCAUUAUUUUAUUUAGAAUCUCUAAAACACUUUUCUCAGGUAAAAUGCAGGGCCUUCUUUCUAACAGUGCCACAUGCACAUAUUGGAUUUCCCUGACAAACUUUAUUCAGUCAAAUAUAUGUGAAAUUUGGAGAUGUGCGUGCUUCACUGCAGCUCAUAGCUCUGAUCCAUAUGGAGAUUGUAGCUAUAACAGGACUUGAAGCUGCUUUGAAAAGGGAUUAUAAGGAAAUGGGGAAAAAUACUGCUUCUUGUUCUUUGGGUUUUAUUUUCCCAUCUUUAAAGAGAACUAAAAAUAUAUUUAUAUAGUGAAGCAUCUAAAUCUUUUAUAAUUGCUUAAUUCUAAACUUUGUUUAUUUUAAUCAUUGUUUUUUAAAAUCCUCUAAGCACUUUGAGAUUUUUGUAUUAGUCUGUCAAUGAGACUUGUUUGCUUGAAUUGGUUGUUUUUUCUGUUAUUUCAGUUAUCUCUUAAAGAAAUGACCUUUGUUUUUAUGUCAUGACCUUGUGGUUAAAAGCAACAAAAAAGCUAAACAAACUGAGCUUUAACCUUUUUAUGGGAGUAGAUGGGCAAAUAAAACCUUUUAAUUUUUAUACUGGUAAUGAUAAAUACUGAUAAUUAAGCAACCAAAUUAUGAUUUUGGGUUUACUGAUUUAUCAUUUUUUGCACUGUUUCCAUGACAAUAAUUAUAAUCCAUUUUUAAUUGUGUGCCGUUCAGUGGUACAAAGGCAGAAUCUAAUGUAACUUUUACUUUAUGCUGAAGCCUGUUUAUAACUGGCAGUCCUGAGAUGAUUAUAAACUGUGACUAGCAGACAGGCAGCCAUACAAUCCUACUGCUUAAAAUGAACUGAUUUUUAAAAACUUUUUAUCAUGUCUUUUACCUUAUUUUUACUAAAUUACACAAUAUUGUAAUCUAAAGUUGAAUAUGUGUUCCUACUUCUGUGUGCUUGAUGUAAUUUUUUAUCUGCUCACUUGUUUACAUGUUGGUACACUAUGAAUAAUAAAGACAAACAUUG